UAAAAAAGAUACAAAACAACAGACAACUGGGUCUGCUGGGAAUCUAGUCUUGGUGGAGAUGCUUGGCUUUUCUGGUCCACUUGACAAGCAGAAGGGGGCAGUAAUGUAUCUCCUACGCUGGAUGCUAAAGCUAAGAGUCGUUAAACCCCAAAAGAAGAAGAAAAUGGUCUCGCCCAUCACGACGCAUGAAAACGACGUCACAAAAGUAAACAACAGCAUGUCGCACAGACAGACUCGAUCCAUUGAAAUGAACGGUCAAGCGGACGUCGAAGUUGACUACAAGCGGAAAUACAAAAAUCUCAAACGAAAAUUAAAAUUUCUUGUUUAUGAACAGGAAUGCUUUCAGGAAGAGCUGAGGAGAGCACAGAGAAAACUUCUCAAAGUUUCCAGGGACAAAAGCUUCCUUCUGGACAGACUGCUGCAGUAUGAGAGGGUAGAUGAAGACUCCUCAGAUUCAGAUGCAACAGUUUCUUCAGAAAAUAGUGAAGGAGAAGGCCCCAGGGAGAGAGAAAGAGAACGAGAUGGUGCAAAGAAGCGAAGAAGUAGUCCUGGGGCGUGUCUUCCUUCAUCCUCCCCUCAUCUCUCCCUGCUGUCCCGUCCUGGUGUAAAUGCCCCACAGUCGUCAGGCUCUGGACCCUACCUCAACACUAUGCCCUUCCCACCAGAGUAUUUGGCUCCCCCAGCUGAACGAAUGAAGAAAGAGAGAAAAACAAAGACGCCUAAAAACAAGAGAGAGACUACGGGGAAGGUUGUUGCCCCGAUGGCAGCUAAUUACCCAUCAGCUCCUGCAGCCCCUCCAGCAGCCAGUGGCCCCUUCAGCUGGGUUCCAAGACAGAUGCUUAGCGGAGAUGCUGCUGAGGAGGAGGGAGAGAGCGAUGGUGAUAGUGACAGAGGAGACGAAGACAGAGGGGAGGGAGAUGAGGCUGAACUGGUCAUUGACAUCCCUAAUGAGUGAGCCUGAAAGAAGUGUUUUAGAUGUAUUUAUAAGCAAGGGAUGGAGGGUUUCUCUCUCUCUCUCUCUCUCUCUCUCUCUCUCUCUCUCUCUCUCUCUCUCUGUGUUUUCUGUGUUCAGUAGCCCAUUACACAUUGUCAAUUGAAUGGAAUGCCAAGCUCCCCCCUGUGGACUUUUUCUUAAAUGCAGUAUCACUGUCAAAACUAUCUCCCAGAUAAAUGUGGUUUUCCAAUAUUAUGCUAAAAAUAAAUAUGUUAUAAAAUCAACUAAGAAAAAGCCACUGCUACUGGGAUUAUUAUUUUUAAAACAGCGUCAAGCUGCCUGCUGAUUAUUUUUCGUCUUACAGACGAGCAAUUGACAAACUGUGACUUUAACUCGGUAUGUCCUACACAAAGUGAGUUUUUGUCUGUUAUUUGUUUUUCAUUGCCCCAACACCAUCGCAGGCUUGGUAUUAUGUAAAUACUGCAGUCCAUUAAAGCUGUUUAAGUAUGAUA